AUGCACGAUGAGCCUUCGUCAAAUACGCAUUUGGAAGUCGUAGACGGUACACCCCACGUUGAAGGCAACGUGUCAGGCGAAUUAGUAGCUUCAAGUCUUGAACUCAGCUUCUGGGGCGGUGUUGACCAUGCCACCGGAGAGGUGAUUGAUCGUUCCCACCCCUUAGUGCGGCAAUGUCUGAAAGGCAAGAUACUUGCUAUCCCAGAUGGACGUGGAUCAUGUUCAGGGUCAGCAACGAUACUAGAACUGAUCAUGGAUGGCAACGGGCUGAGUGCAUUGAUCUCCGAGCGUGCCAAUGAGAUUCUUGCCGUUGGUGUCUUUGUCGCAGAAGAAGUCUUCGGUAGGAAAAUACCUAUGCUGAUUGUAGAUCCCGAAGACUUCAAGACCAUACUGGGCUGGAACAAAAGGAACAUCUUCAUCCAAGAUCACUGCAUCUUGACACAACAAUUAAAGACAAGCACAGAAGACAUCUACAAAGCCUUGAGCCCUGAACACGUUCAACCUCACACGUCUGAGCUUUCGGAACUUGACAAAGUCAUGCUCAAAGGUAACUGCGACGAAGAGAGCGGGUAUACUAAGGCUCAUGAGCUGGCUAUGAGGGUCAUGAUUCGAACAGCAACCAUCAUGAAGGCCCCUUCAUUGGUAUCUGUAUGUCAAGCACAUGUAGACGGCGCUCACUUUGGGCCAGCAUCCGUCUUCUUCGGCAAACGGCUUCGCGAGUUGGGUGGCAACUUCACGGUGCCCACUACUGUGAAUGCUGUUACUAUCGACCGACAACGCUGGCGAGACUUGGGAGUUGACACAGGCUUCGGUAUAGAGAGCGAUGAGCUAGCAAAGAUUUCCCUCGACAUAGGUGCUCAGAUAUCGUUCACAUGUGCGCCUUAUCAGCUUGAUUCAGCACCAAAGCUCGGCGAUUAA